AUGGGGCAAACAAAGAUCAGUCUGAAGGAAUUGGCUAGUAUUAAACGAAAGUUCAUUGAGCCAAUUGAUGACUAUCUAAAUAGGUUUCGAUUACUCAAAGCUAGGUGUUUUACACAAGUACCAGAGCAUGAAUUGGUCGAAAUGGUUGUUGGGGACCUUGACUAUUCUAUCAGGAAGAAGUUAGAUACCCAAUAUUUGAGAGAUAUGGCCCAACUGGCUGAUAGGGUUCGACAGUUAGAACACUUGAAGGAACAAAAGGCUAGAGCAAAUAAGAAUAAAAGAGUAGCCUACGUCGAUUUCAGUAAUGAUAGCGAAGGAUCCUAUAAUGGGCCUUUAAACUUCGACGAAAAUGAAAUCGACCUUGCUGAGUUGAAGCCUGAGUUGAAGCAAGGGCUACCUUACGCUUGUAAGGUCUUGGCCCCAUCGAAUGGAAAAAACCCUAUUGAACAAGAAAAGAAUGAUAAAUUUCCUAAGAAAACUUACACUUUCGACGUUAUAAAAUAUGACGUAAUCUUCGAUUUGGAUCUUGUUCAGAAUGUUAUCCAAGAAGGGAGACUCAAGUUUGGAGACAAACCUAGGAGCCAGGUGAAGAUCGACUCCAAUCCUCUGCAAAUGGCUGAUGCCCAUUACACGGAGCCAGAGGAAGUAAACAUGGUUGAAGUCAUUGAUGAUUUCGACAUGACCGAAGUCACUGAGGACUUCGUCAACGAACCUGUCAUGGGGUUGAAAUAUUAG